AUGGGAGAGAUAUCGGAAUCAAUUAAAAAAUGCAUAGCUAUUCUUAAAGCAGCUCAAAGCGAUACUGAGAAAUUCGCCGCGCUAUUCAUGGUUACGAAACUAGUAAAAGGAAAAGACUGCAAUACUACAGCAAAGAAGGUCUUAUUUGAAGCAAUUGGGUUUAAAUUCCUCAAGAAGCUUUUAACUGGAACAAAUGCGCAAGAUGACUGUCCCCCAUCAGUAUACAAAUCAGUGGCCCUAUCAAUACUUACAUGCUUUUGUAUUGAACCAGAACUUGCAACACAUCCUGAAAUGUUGGCUAAUGUACCAGUUUUUCUUGAUAUAGUACAGACAUCUGACAAUGAUGAUUAUGAUGAUAACCUCAUAAUUGUUAGUGAAGCUUAUACAUGCCUACAGUGUAUUGCAGAACAUGAAGCUGGACAAAAAGCUUUAAUUGAAGUAGGUGCUAUUACUAAAAUGUCAGAAAUUUACUCACACCAAAGUUUUCAGACAGAUGAAGCCCUAAAUAUUUUAGUUAAACUAGUGAGUCGUUAUGGCCCUGCAGCAUGGGGAAAUGACCCUAAACCUUUUCAUGCCUUAGUCAACAAGAUUGCUCUAGAUUUUGCUACAGAUCAGUCUGAGAGAAAAUUUGAGUUGGCAACCAUUUUAAGUGCACUGUUAUAUAGUUGCAAUAAAGACACUGUAUUGCCAGGAUCAUCAGAUGAAACUUGGCCGCAAAGUAUCUACAAAGCUUUACAUGAUGUAUUGACCAGCAAAAUAGGAAAAAAUCAAAGAGAUCCUGCAUUGAAACUAGCUGCUAAUAUCAUAGAUUUAUUAGGAAUUGAGUGGACAUUCAAUGAUGAAGAAAACCCAAAAAAAUUCUUUCUUUUACUUCUACAACUUUGUGCAAUAGAGAUAAGAAUGCAGCUUGAAGACAGAAGUUUUAAACAAGCCUUUGCCAAUGCAGACUUAGUAACUGCUUGCUUUUUAGUUCUUGAAUCUUCUAUCAAUUACAUGGCCUCAGAUCAAUUGGAUUUAGAACAGAAAGAAAAACAGUCCGUCUAUACAAGCCUAAAAGGUGCUUUUAAUGCUGUUGUUUCAAUACUUACUAAAGUCUCUAAUGACAAAAACCGUGACAAACUUCCUGAUGCUGAAAAGGUGUUUGUGUGUGCAAUGGUCAGAGUAUUAGUGGCUUGGCUAGCUCAAGAAACAACUGCAAUGAGAGAUCAAGUUUAUAACCUACUUCCAUUCAUGUUUUCCCUUGCCAAUGAUUCGUUCCAUGCCUACAGAGCUCGAAAACUAGCAGAGAAAAAUAAAUCUGAAGGAGAAGCCAUGAACACAGAUGUAUGCUUGAUGGGACAGAUAGAUUUAUUACGUUUAAUGCUGCCAGCACUUUGUCAUCUGGUUGUAGAGGACAAAGCUAGGGACAUCACAUUAAAUUUAAAGGAGGAAGACAUAUUGUAUGAAGCGAUGAACUUUCACUGGUCUAUAGUUCACUACAAAAAACCACCAAUACCAAAAUCUGAAAGACUAAAGGCAAAGAAACCUGAACCCGAGUUAGAACCUCAGGUAUUGGAAGAUAUGAAAGAUUCAAGAGCAGCUAUGGUCAGCCUAUGCAAUAUUUUCAUGAAUCUCACUGUACUAGCUCCUAAAGUUGUUGAAGAAAGCAUGCUGUUUAAUACUUUAUUGAAAUUCAUUUUCAAUAAUUUACCGGAACUGAAAAGCAUCCCUGAAAAUCUCGUUUUACAUGGACACUUGGCAGUAUUAGGAUUAUUGUUACUUAAGCAACAAGGUGCCAGUAAAGUGAAGAAAAAUGACUUUUCUAUUUGUCGGUACAUACAGUCAAGUAUACGGUUUUUAUGGGAUGCCUACAUGGUUGACGAAUCAAAUGACCCUACUGCUCUUGUUGUAUCAAUGACCUAUAAAGAAAAUUGGGGAGAAAUUGCUGACCUAUGGUUUUUGGGAAUGCAAACGCUAAGUGGUGUGUUGACCAUUGUACCUUGGAUAUCUGAGUUUGCCAUUGAAAGUGGUUGGGCUGAAGGCAUAGCAGAAAUGCUUGCAAAAGUAAAGGUUGGUACACUGCCACCAAACAUUAAAUCUGCAUUUGAGGAUUUCCUUUGCCGUUUAGUUGACUCAAAUGAGAAUGCAAAAGCAGUUUUAAAGAAAGGUGGUGCCUUGAAAAUGUGCAGAAGCCACAGAAUGAUGGAUCUUGGAAAAAAGUUGUUUGGAGAUUAA